AGACAUAAACAUCCAUAUUUUCUUUCUUUUUCAUCUCAUUUCAGUUUUGCAUGAGUCAUUGAAGAAUAACAUAUAAUAGGCAACAUUUUUUGAGGAUUGAUACAUAUAGAGUGGUGUUGGCGAUCAUACAUAUAUGUUGAGUAUUGGCCAAGAGGGAAGGAUUGUUACUGGUUUUAUCUUGUGUAUAUAGUUUUGUAAAGAAAAAGAAAAAAUAGAAAAAGGAUUGUGUUUAGAAAAGUUGAUUAAAUAUUAUCAUAGGAGAAAAUGGGUGAUCAUCCUCAAGCAAUGAAGAAUACAACAACAGAAGAUACAAUAGUGUGUUAUGCACCUACCAUGAUAACAACAAAUGGAGUGUGGCAAGGUGAUAAUCCUUUAGAUUAUUCACUUCCACUUUUCAUCUUACAAUUAACUUUGGUUGUCGUCACCACCCGGCUUCUUGUUUUUAUCCUCAAGCCUUUUCGCCAGCCUCGUGUUAUCUCUGAGAUCAUGGGUGGUGUGAUAUUGGGUCCAUCUAUGCUUGGACGCAGUAAAGUAUUUGCAAAUACAAUCUUCCCCUUGAGAAGUGUGAUGGUGCUUGAAACAAUGGCAAAUGUAGGUCUCCUCUAUUUCUUAUUCCUUGUUGGAGUAGAAAUGGACAUAUCAGUCAUUAAAAGAACAGGGAAAAAGGCAUUAGCCAUAGCAGUUGCAGGAAUGAUCUUACCCUUCUUCACAGGUUUAGCGUUCUCUUUCCUUAUCCACAGGGAUUCACACAAUAUGAAUGAAGGCACUUUUAUUCUCUUCCUAGGUGUUGCGCUCUCUGUUACUGCUUUUCCUGUACUUGCUAGGGUUCUUGCAGAGCUCAAACUCAUAAACACAGAGCUUGGUAGAAUUGCAAUGUCUUCAGCUCUCAUCAAUGACAUUUGUGCUUGGAUUCUGCUAUGUUUUGCCAUUGCUCUAGCUGAAAAUGACAGUGCGUCUUUAGCUUCCUUGUGGGUGAUCCUCUCAAGUGUAGCAUUUGUUAUUUUUUGUGUUUUUGUUGUUAGACCGGCCAUCUCAUGGAUUAUAAGAAGAACACCAGAAGGAGAAACUUUUAGUGAGUUCUACAUAUGUCUUAUUCUUACAGGAGUAAUGAUUUCAGGUUUUAUAACAGAUGCUAUUGGGACACAUUCUGUUUUUGGAGCAUUUGUAUUUGGGUUGGUUAUACCGAAUGGACCUCUUGGUGUUACUCUAAUUGAAAAACUAGAAGAUUUUGUAUCAGGGCUUUUGCUACCCCUCUUUUUUGCUAUGAGUGGGCUAAAAACUAAUGUUGGGGCUAUUCAAGGAGCUACUACUUGGGGACUUUUGGGUCUUGUUAUACUUCUUGGAGGUGUUGGUAAAAUUGCUGGUACAUUACUUGUGACAUUCUUCUACCAAAUGCCUGUACGUGAAGGCCUUACUCUUGGCUUGCUCAUGAAUACUAAAGGACUUAUUGAAAUGAUUAUUCUCAAUGUUGGCAAGGAUCAAAGGGUUCUAGACGACGAAUCCUUCGCAAUCAUGGUGAUUGUGGCUGUGAUAAUGACUGGACUCAUCACACCUAUUGUUACUGCAAUAUAUAGACCAGCAAGGAAAUUUAUACCAUACAAAAGACGAACAAUCCAUAGAUCAAAACCAGAUGCAGAGUUAAGGAUACUAGUAUGCGUGCACACCCCUAGAAAUGUUCCAACAAUCAUCAACCUUCUUGAAGCAUCUCAUCCCACAAAGAGGUCACCAAUGUGUGUCUUUGUCCUCCACUUGGUUGAGCUCACCGGCCGAGCAUCUGCUAUGCUCAUCGUUCACAACACUAGAAAGUCUGGCCGACCAGCCUUGAACAGAACUCAAGCUCAAUCUGAUCACAUAAUCAAUGCCUUUGAGAAUUAUGAACAGCAUGCAGUUUGUGUUUCAGUUCAACCCUUAACAGCCAUUUCUCCUUACUCUACAAUGCAUGAAGAUAUCUGUAACUUAGCAGAGGACAAAAGGGUAGCCUUCAUAAUAAUCCCUUUCCAUAAACAACAAACAGUUGAUGGUGGAAUGGAAGCAACAAACCCAGCAUUCAGGACGGUGAACCAGAAUGUGUUAGCAAAUGCACCUUGCUCAGUUGGCAUUCUUGUUGACAGAGGGCUUAAUGCGUCUACUCGGUUAGCGGCAAACCAACUGUCUCAUCAUAUAGCAGUGCUUUUCUUUGGUGGGCCGGAUGACAGAGAAGCAUUAUCAUAUGCAUGGAGGAUGUCAGAGCACCCUGGAAUAAGCUUAACUGUAAUGCGAUUCCUUCCAGGGGAGGAUGCAGCUCAGUCAGCUAGGCAGCCCGGAGGAAGUCAUCAUAAUGAACCAAGGAUACUAACUGUGGAAACGCAUGACCAAAGAGAGAAGCAACUCGAUGAAGAGUACAUAAAUGAAUUCAGAAUUCAUAUUGCUAAUGAUGAGUCUGUGUUUUAUACUGAAAUACUAGUGAACAAUGGGGAGGAAACUGUUGCGGCAAUAAGGGGAAUGGACAUUAAUGCUCAUGACUUGUUCAUUGUGGGUAGAGGACAAGGGAUGAUCUCACCACUCACUGCUGGGCUUACAGAUUGGAGCGAGUGUCCUGAGCUGGGUGCCAUUGGAGAUUUGCUAGCUUCAUCAGAUUUUGCAGCAACUGUCUCAGUGUUGGUCGUGCAACAAUAUGUUGGAACUGGUUUGCAACCUGAGACACUUCACACGCCUGAGGGACAAGCUCAUCUAGAUGAACAGUACACUGGCCUACAGUUGAUGAAUAAACGACCUCCAACAUCAAGGUAACCAUUAAUGUAAAUCCAGCAUUAGCAAUGGCUUACUUGGGAAUUCCAAUGAAAUAGACUGAAACAUCAAAACUAGUAAAACGAAAAAAAUAUCAAAUCAAGAUUCUCUGAUAUUUAUUUUCUUUCUUUUCUGAUUUUUAAUAUUUAAUUUAGCUUUCACUGUGAUUUGUAGAACAACAAACACUCUUGUAACUAUUGAUUCUUUGAUAACUGGCAUCUUCUCCUUUCUUUUUCUUUUCUAAGUUACAAAAUUGGAAAAAUUCUUGUCUACCUACACAAUGUAUAUAUACCAAAA